UUAUGACACCUAUAACAAACAACAAUGGAGAUAUUUUAAGAGGACAAGAAGAAUUGAAAUCAAUUCGAAAUUCCCACAAAGGAUUCAAGUGCGCAGGGUAAGCUAUCCUGCGCACCCCCCACCCAUCCAUCCCACUACCGAGCUCCGACCAAAAACGCGAAGAAAGAAACCUUCAUGCUCGCAUCAAAUCCAUCCGAUCGAAUGAACGGCCUCGAUUUCUUCUUCUCCUCCUCCCCUUCUCCCCCCGUCGUCGCUGGAGAAGAAGAAGAUGAUGAUUGGGGAGACUUCGUCGACUCUUCCCCUAAACCAAAUGGCUUCUCCGCAGAUCGAGGCGGUGCCACCAAUUCGACGCCAGCUCGGAUCGAAUCUGAGAAUAAGAAGAAUAGCCAGACGCAGUGGGUUACCCCUCGUGGUCCGGUGCCACUUUCUGUGUUCGGAGAGGCCGAGGAGGAGGAGGAAGAUGAAUCAGGUGCGCCGUUUAACUUCUCAUUCGAUUCCUUCUCUGAGAAACACCGCAACGGAUCUGCGAAUACGAAUCCAACCGUGGAGAUCAGCGGCGUGAUCGCAAAUCUGUACAGAGAGAACGAACCUAACGACGAGAUCAAUGUGAACGAGAAAGAUCCAGGUGUCAGUUUCGAGAGUUUUAGCUGGAAUCCAUUGAAUCUUGAUGAUGCACAGAGAUCCGAGAAGAAGAAGACGGUGGUUUCGGAUUCGGAUCCGACUUGUUCGGAUUUGAGAAAUGAUGAUGAUGACGACGAUUUCGAUGACGGUUGGGAGUUUAAAACGGCCGAGUCUGUUUUGGAUCCAAGCUCUAAGGAGAAUGCUAGAAAUGGAUCUGUUGUGGUGGUUGAGAGCACAACAGAUUUUGAUUCAAGCAUGUGGAGUUCACCAACAAAUGGUAAACGAGAAAAUAGAGAUGAUGAUGACCCUUGGGGUAAUGGUGGAUGGGAGUUUAAGAUUGCUGAAACGAGUGAGACGAAGAAGGAUUUAGCAAACAAGGAAUCUAACGGUUGGGGGUUCGGGUUUGGUUCUGAGAAUGAAACAACCACUUCUUAUGAUUCAAACUUUGAGAAAGUUUUGCAUAAGGAGGAAAAUGGCUCGAUUUCAUUUCCAAGUAGUACGAAUGUGAGUGCCGGAGGAUCUUCUUGGGCUUUUAAUCAGCCUUCUUUGGAUACUGGUAAAGAGAAAGAGGAAAAAGAAGUGCAGCCAGAGAAGCCAAAGGGAGUCUUGCCACUGUCGUUCUUUGAGGACGAAGCAUUGGAAACUUCUGAUGAUUUGGUUCAUGAGGAUAAUCUUGUUUCAGCCUGUGAUUUCUCCGUGAGAGAGAAAACUAAGGCUCCAAGUCAAACUGUGUCAAUCAAUGACCUUAUAUCAAGUUUAUACAGUCAGGUGGAGGAGAAGAAUGCUGCUAAUCUGUCGGAAAAGUCUGCCACUGUAAAUGGCGAGGAUGAUUCAUGGGAGUUCCAGGGCCCCACAAAGACCAUAACAGAUUCGAGCGCAGCAGAAGGUGGUGAUGAUUUUGACACUACUUGGGAGUUUCAAGGUCCUUCUCUGCCCUUGAAAAACUCUGAUGCUGCGGAUGAGGUUGACGAUGAUUCCUGGGAAUUUCAAGGUCCAACACAGCCUGUGAAAGAUAAUACAUCGAGGGAAGGAGAUAAUGACUUGUGGGAAUCUAAACAGAGUUCAGUGGAAAUUGAAGGUGGGACUGGGUUCUCUGUUCCAAAUGGUUUUGGAAAAUCUCAUGAAGAAACAGUAAUCACCAUAGAGCCUAAUGAUUACCUAGAUGUCUUUCAUAAGCUGAAGACUGAACUAUCCUACCUUGCUCUAACCCAUCUUGAGACUUUAAAGGAAGCUCGUGACUUGGCUGCUAAUUCUGAUGAAGUCGCUGAGGCUCAAAAAUAUGAAGAUGAAAUACAGGAUCUGCAAAACAUGCUGAAAAAUGAUGUUUUGAUCGGUGAGGUCAACGCAGAGAGUCUCCAAGUUAGAUCAUCUGGCACUACUGAACUUUACAAAGUUCUCCAAGAGCCAAAGUUUCGUACAGUUGAUUCAGAAGAUCUCCUGUCAGAGAGAUUGUUAUUAGCAGAGAAGGACUGGAAAUCAACGAUUGAACUUCUCAAACACGCCACGUUGACCCUGAAGGUUCUAAACUUGGGUUCACAUGAGCAGCAGUCGAAAUACGCUUCAACUUGGUUAGUCAUUGCUAGGACCUGCGCUCAAGAACUGCGGCAUGCUGCAUCUAUUUGGAAACAGGCGAUUCAAAAUGAUGUUCAAGAAGAAAUCCUAUCUAAACCUCAAGGGAAGAGCUUUGUUCAGUCAGUGGGAGAAAUUUACAGAGUAGUGAAAAUCCUAAGAGCUUCGACGAGACUAUAUAAACCGUGGAUUUUAUUACACCCGACAUCAUCUACUGUGUUGGCUGUUUUGGACGAGUGUGUGGAGUUGUGGCUAAGCUCUGGAUUAGAAGAAGCUCUUCGGAAUAAUAAUAUCACCCGUCUCCAAGGACUUGACAGUGACUAUUCUGCUGGUCAGCUUCUAGAAUCAAUCAGAUGUAUAGACGAAGUUGACGCCUUCACACUUCACGCCUGCAUCACCUCAGAUACAUCACCUACCUGCUGCAUUUCUGCCCUAAAUAAUGAAAUAGUACCAGGAAUUAAGAUGGUGGAGUGGAACGGAGAGCAUUACUUGGUGUCUCUUGCUAAUCUAUGGGCUAAUCUGAUCAGCCGCGACUCACCUGACCUUGCCAGCCCCAGUCUUUUUGCCCGGUCUUAGAAAAAACGUACACAACGAUUCAUUACUCGCCAGGCAUACAAAUCCAUUUUCUACUAAAAUAUAGAUCCGUCCAUAUAUAUACACUUAUUUGUUUAUAAUAUUUGAAGAUGGUUUGGGUCAUUUUAUUGUAUGCCAUAUAUCGAAUGGGUUUUGGUAGUUUCAUUACUUGAGCAUUUCCUAAGCUUUACAGAAGAUUUGUUUUGUCCGAACAAAGCAAUAAAUUAAUAUAAUCAAUUCGUUGUUCUUUA